AAUCUGAGUGUCCAGAGACAUUUUAUAGUAAAAUCACAUGCAUGUUGGCAGGUCAGAAGCAGAAGAUCACCUUAAUAUAAAGCUCAACUGACAAGAUGCUUCCACAGCUACCUGGUCUAAACGUAGGAUGAAGAAGCAUCAGUGUGGUUUGGAGGAAGACAGUGGCAGGAGUGUAAGGAGCAGAAAUGUAGAUUGUGCCCUUGUACUCUCGACAUGGAUUUGUUUUAUGGGACUGCAGUGAUCUGAAUAGAGAGGUUUAUCAUGCGGCAAUCAAUGGAGGAGGAGCCAGUGACACAACCUGGACAAGAUGACAAUGAUGUAGGUUUGGCUCAGAUCUUGGCAGAAGUGGUUGAGGAAGUGAGACUCUCCAUAGACAGAGAUACUAAUGGUGCUGAUCUUCUGUACGGUCUCCUCAGUGCUCCUUGGCUUUGCUCUCUUCUCAGGGUAUAUGAGUGUCUGGUGCAGCACAGUAGAGAUUCCCCAAGCCCGUACCUGUCUUGUUCCUCAAGACUAUCUCAGGAGAUUAUAGCCAGUGUGCGAGGACUGGCUGCUCCUUCCUCUGAUGCACAAGAACUUUAUAUUUUACUGAAAUGCCCUCAUAUGCAGGCUUUGCUUUCUGCUUAUGAUUCUGUGGCCCAGAGGGACUAUGGUCCAGUGCUGCCGCCCCUUCCUGACAAACUGCCUGACAAUGAGGAGGCUAUGAGGAUUGUUUGCCUCAUGAAGAAUAAACAGCCUCUGGGGGUAACUAUUAGGAAGAAUGAAAGAACGGGGAACAUCUUUAUUGCAAGGGUGAUACAUGGAGGACUGGCAGAUCGCAGUGGACUUCUUCAUCCUGGCGACAAGCUGGUGGAAGUGAAUGGACAGAAAGUGCGGGGACUGCAGCCCGAGCGAGUCAUUCAGAUGCUGGUACAAUCUCAGGGAAAUAUUCUUUUUAAAGUGAUCCCUAAUUCACCACAACCUGCCAACAGCCAACCAGCCCUAUAUAUGAGAGCCAUGGUGGAUUACAGUCCUCUGCAAGACCCUGCGAUCCCCUGCCCAGAUGCAGGCAUGCCUUUCAGUAAAGGUGACUUGCUGGAGAUUGUAGACCAGAGGGACAUCCGAUGGUGGCAGGCCAGGAAACUCCACAGUGCCUCAUUGUGUUGUGGCCUCAUACCCUCCACUAACCAAUUCAGAUAUAAGCAAAGAGAGUUAUGGUGGUCCCAACCUUAUCAAGCUCACACCUGCAUCAGACCCUUGAGCGCAGCAGAUAUUGGAGAAGAGGAGAUAAUGGAUGAGAACAAAUGCAUUGAAACAGAUGAAGAAGAUUUUGAGUUCGUGUCAGAGGAGGGUGAGAAUGAACACAUGCAGGGAUUAUAUAUAGUGGGGUUCCGAUACAGUCUGCGUGUGUGGAGGAGGAAAUCAUACAGCAAACGAAAGCCGUCAUGUUAUUCCUGUGGGGUCAGCAGCUGCCAUAGCACCUCAGCCACCAUUUGUGAAGAGGUGCUCCACUACCAGCGCCACAUAGACGAUCCCCCCCGUCUCAUUGUGCUCAUUGGUCCGUCAGGAGUUGGUGUAAACGAACUACGCAGGAGGCUAAUCAAAAUCAACCCUAAUACGUACCAGGGACCAAUAUCUUACACAACAAGGUCCCAAAAAAUGGGUGAAAAGAAUGGGCGGGAAUAUCACUUUGUGACCAAGGACGUGUUUGCGUACAUGGUGGUUAAUCACAAAUUUCUUGAGUAUGGAGAGCAUAAUGGACACAUGUACGGCACCAGCUUAGACUCAGUCAAAGAUGUUUUGGACAAUGGAAAAAUAUGUGUUAUUGACCUUGAACCUCAUUGCAUUCAUUCAGUCAGAACCAAGAAGCUGAAGCCCUACAUCAUAUUUGUGCGGCCCCCGUCCCCAGCACGCAUGAGACAAACAAGAAAAGACCCACAUUUUCUUGCCAAUAGCUACAUUAAGAGAUGUUUUCAUGAUAAAGACUUUGAGGCGAUUGAGGAAGCAAGCAGGACCAUGGAAGCCAAGUAUCGUCAGUACUUUGACUGCGUGAUUGUGAACGAUGACCUGCAAGAUUCAUGCAUGGAUCUGUUCACGGCUAUACAACAUGCUCAAGAAGAACCACAGUGGAUUCCUGCCAGCUGGUUUGCUCCUGAUCAUCUAUGACAGACAGACAUGCAUACACUCUAAAAAAUGCUGGGUUGUUUCAACCCAACUU